CCUCCCAGCUGCUCUGCUCCUGCUUUUUACCAUCUUCAAGUCUCAACUCUCAAGUGAGAAAAUAAAAAGAUCAGAAGAGAGCAAAAGGAGGAGGAGAAGAAACCACCAAGAAACAAAGCCAUCAAGAACUCCUCCUCCUCCCGUCGAUAAUCUCGCCGCCGCAUUGCACGAUCAGACCCGCCGCCGCCUCCAUUGCCUUGUGGAUUCCAAUGAACUUUCGGAUGGGCAAGGCACAUAGCAAGGAGGGUUCAACUUAUGAUGGUGCAAUUUUUCUGUGCAAUCGCCUGACCAGGAGGGAGUGCUUUGAGAAAAAGCUUUUUGGUCUUUAUGCUCAUUGUGCUGAUUUUAUACAGAAAGUGAAAGUUGGUGCAACUUUAUUCUUGUAUGACACCGAUCAGCAUAAACUUCAUGGGGUGUUUGAAGCAACUUCAGAUGGAUCAAUGAACAUUAUUCCCGAUGCAUAUGUCUCAUCAGGAAAGCGGUAUCCUUGUCAGAUACGUUUCAAGAGGAUUUGGUUUUGCAAGCCUUUAAUGGAAAGUGAACUUCAUGAUGCAAUACAGAAUAACUUUACGUCAAAAAACAAGCUUAGAUAUGGUUUGUCACAUCAACAGGUAGUAAGGCUUCUACACUUGUUUUCUUCAAGGAACAGACUACAGCCUCGUCAAAAUCAGAACUUACAGGAUGAACUUCCAAAAGAAUCUGAAAUGUCUUCCCUGGUCAACCAAACUGAUAUCCAGUCCAGUUCAAACAGCAGUUCGCAUGGUUCAUUCAAAAGCCCCUGUCAAACAUGUUCCUCCUCCACUCAUGGGGAACGCGCAGCAACCUUGAGUCACAAAUUAGCUGAUCCUAUGCCAUUAAUGCACAGAGGACUGAAACCAUACACCUCUGGUGCAGUUAAGUCCAAGGACAGCUCAAGGUUUCCCUUGCACAUUGGCGCAAAUACGGACAUUGUCACUGUACCCGUUAGCCAAGAAGCAAUGGAUGACAGGUCUAGUGAUGACUAUAUACCACUACCACAGGAGGAAAAUACUUUAGAGGGAAUCGAUGAUCUAUCUGAUUUACUUGAAGAUGAGAGCUACUCUUCAGAAUCUCAAGGUACCAUUGACUCAGAAGAGCACGGUACUUUCCACCAAGCUUGUGCUAUAAAGGAAGAUGAAUGCUAUCCACCAGUGGUAAAUUUCAAGCUCCGUUCUGAUAGUGAAGGACGAUCAAGUGUGUUUUCUCGACUAUUGGGGAAACCUAGAACUCUUGGUCCAAGAAAGAAGUCCAGUGCCAAAGCAUUCCCAUCAAUGUCUUCCGGUCACCUUCCUCAGAGGAAAAAACAGUGGAGGAAAAAGCAGAGCAAGCCAUUUCCAUGUGAUAGAGAUGGAGUAUUGGGUACACAUCAAGCUAAUAAGCUGAGAAGAAUUCCAGCUUUGGAUUAUUCAUUUGUCUGGGAUGAUGGUAGUCGAUCCACCAAUUCCUUUGGUAGAAAACCAAGCGAUAUUCAGACAAGUUUAGAGCUUUGUGAACAUGGGAACAAAUGGGAUAUGUGUACUAAAGAACAUAGCAGAAGCAAUGAGUUCAAAAGGCUGUUUGUUCCUGAAGCAAUUAGAAAAUUGAUCAGGCCCUAUGACAAAGAACUGAGUAUACCCCCAGUGUUUCCUGGAGUUCAUGAUGGCAAUGAAGUCAAUUCCAAAGAAGAAGUAAAUGAUUCUUCUUUGGAUUUGAAGCGGCGUGGUAAGGAUGACCAGGAUUUCGGUGAUGAGAAUGAUAAUGUUGAAGAAGCAACAUGGAAGAAGAGGCGGCUAGCAGAUGCAUCCUUCUCCCAAGAGGAGUAUCUGAGUGGUGGUGUGUUGGUUCCUAAAGGCACCGAAGAUAUGGAUAUGCUAGCGAUAUCUGAUGGAAACUGUAAAGACAAGAGUAUCUGUUUGUCACCUAGAGACACAUGUGCUGAGAUGGCUAGAGCUUGUCUUCAAACCAAGGUAGUCCUGCAAGAUGAACAACAGAAGAACAUUCAAGACUGCUGUGAAGAAGUUGCAGGUGUUACAUCAUUGAUUCUUGAACAUUCUGAAAGUAUGGACUUAUUGCCCAAGCGCAACUGUAGGAACAUGAAGACUUGUCUGAAUAUUGAAACGAAGAGCCAGGUGGCUUCUGGUAAUUUGGAAACCAGAAGUUCCCUUGAAGAUACACAGAAGCAAAGUGUUAGGAGCUGCCAUGGAGUGAUCAACGGUGAUAAAAUAUUGCUCAUGGAAAAUUUUGAAACCAUGGAUGUCUUACCCAAUCAUGAUGAAGAUUGUCUUGCUAAGAGUACUUUUGUUAGGAAUGACAGUAAUCACCUGGAAACUGAAAUGCCAAUGCAGGAGAAACAAUCCCCAAGUGUUCAGAACUGCUGUGAAGCUCUUCAUGGUGAUAACAUGUUGAUUCAGGAAAAAUCUGAGAACAUGCUCUAUAAGAUCGAUGCAGACUCAGACUGUGGAAAAAAGAAGAGUGUGUCAUUUGACAAAGCUUAUAGCAAUGUAGCGGGUUCUUCUCUGGAGACCCAUGUGCCCAUGCAAGAACCCCUCCGAAUAGCUUCAAGCUGCUGUGAAAUAGUUAAUGCUGAUCAAGUGUGUGCUGGAGAAGUUGGUAAGAACAGUUUCUCUCUUGAUGAAAAUGGUGGCUAUGUUACCUGCCCCUGUAAUACUACGUGGGCUCUAGAAAAUGCAAUGGCCAUGGACACAGUGGAGUCUAUUCAUGGUGAUAUUGGAAACAACAGUAACAAUUCAGCGGCCUGUAGAAGUAUGGGCUCUGAUUAUAUGGAGGAAGUGCACCAACUUGUGACAAACUGUUCUGAGAUAUCUGCAGCAAUUCCUGAAAGCUCUGGAACUCUUAACAACUUCGCUAAAUGCUGUGGAGAUAGUGCAAACAAGAAUAGCUUAUUGGAUCAAACUUCAGAAAAUGUGAGCACUGAUCAUCAGGAAGUCAGUAUGCUCCCUCAGGACCAACAUUACCACAGUUGUUCAGGUGAUACUUCGUCUGCUUUGGAAUAUUCUGAUACAAAUGCAGGUGAUGGAGAUAGUGAGCACAGGAAUUCGUUUGAUCAGAAAGGCGGUGAAAGUAUGUACCCAGUGACAGGAGUCCUGCUGCAAGCAGAGCAACACCAGAAACUUCAAGGUGAACCUGAAUCAUCAUCUUCCCAUGAAAUCUCCAAUUCAGGUUCCUUCGUCGUCUGCGCUGAAGAUAGCCGAAGCAAGAGUGGGCUGUCGGCUGAUAGAAUGGUUACUGAUCUUGAGACCAAUUCGGAGUCUAGGACGGGUUUCUUCAACACUUCUUCCAGUGAGUGUGGCGAGAACUUCAGCGCCUCCGCUUCGAGCAGCGAAAACGCGCAGCAGAAGCUCAGCGGAUCGGCUGUCUCUGCAGAGGUGGCCAGACUCCAACAUGAUCCUGGAGAAUAGAUGAAGUUGCGGUGAGCCGGUGACUAUGCUGCAUUGUGCAUUCGCUACACAACGCAGCAGCAGCCUAACUUCGGUUCAGAGGAGUUUGUCCACAAGAACACCAUUUUAUUUUUAUUUUUCUGUAUUUGAACUCAGCAGAGCACCAAACUUAUGCAGUGACACUGAACUGCACCCCCCUUUUUUUGUCGUUUGGAAUCUUUGGAUGUUAGUUUCCAUAUGUUUAAGCGUUUCUGCAAAUUAAGGAAAAUUUCCUGGAACUAUUAUCACCCUAGCUCCCAGAAUUAUCUUGUCAUAUCUGCUUGUGUUGCACGA